AUGAAAGGACCUGGAUACCCCAGUGUUGUUUACCACAGGUGGAAUGACAGGGAAUUAAAGUUUGCCCGAACGCUGAUUUUUACUGUGGAGGAGAUUAACAGAGAUAAUAAGCUCCUUCCCGGAGUGAGUCUGGGCUAUAAGCUGUACAAUGGCUGUGGGAGUGAGAACCUGCUACGAGCAGCUUUAGAGGCAAUAAAUGGAGAAGAUUCAAUGGGCUGCAGCGCUCAGAUCCAGGCUCUCAUAGGCCAUUCGUCCUCUGGAGUGAGUAAAGACAUAAACACCAUACUAAGCCCGCUGUCUAUUCCACAGGUGUUGGAACACAUUUACUAUGUGAACUUCACAACAAAGAAUGGGGCCAGGGUUCUCUUUGAUGAAAAUGGAGACUCGGUUGCCCAGUAUGACUUAGUUAACUGGCAGAUGAAAGAAAAUGGCUCCGUUGAGAUUGUCAAAAUUGGCGAUUAUGAUACCUCUUACCCAGAGGGAGAAAAAUUCAAAAUAAAAGACAACCUCAAAAUAGUUUGGGGAGGAGGACACAGUCAUGAGCUGCCACGAUCUGUCUGCACAGAACCAUGCCCACUAGGAACCCGUAAGGCCAUGAAUAAGUUUAUGCCUGUGUGCUGCUUUGACUGCUUUGAGUGUCCUGAGGGAACAAUAAGUAAUCAGACAAGCUGUUUGAUCUGUCCACCUGAAUUCUGGCCAAAUGAAAAUAAAGACACCUGUGUUCUAAAACUGACUGAAUACCUUUCCUACGAAGAGAUCAUGGGAGCACUUUUAACUGGAUUUGGCUGUAUUGGCGUAUUUCUAUCUCUUCUGACAUCAAUCAUUUUUUUUACUCAUAAAGAGACUCCUAUUGUAAAAGCCAACAAUUCUGAGCUGAGCUUCCUGCUGUUAUUCUCAUUGAAGCUGUGUUUCCUGUGUUCUCUGACCUUCAUAGGCCGGCCCACUGAGUGGUCCUGCAUGCUGCGACACACAGCAUUCGGCAUCACCUUUGUCCUCUGUAUCUCUUGUGUUCUUGGGAAAACUAUUGUAGUGUUAAUGGCCUUCAGGGCCACACUUACAGGAAAUAAUAUGAUGAAAUGGUUUGGGCCUGCAAAGCAGAGGCUCAGUGUUCUGGUUUUCACACUCAUUCAAGUUAUAAUUUGUAUUUUUUGGUUGACAAUCAACCCUCCUUUCCCAAAGAGGAACAUGAAAUACUAUAAAGAAAAGAUAAUCUUAGAGUGUGCCCUGGGUUCAGUUGUUGGGUUCUGGGCUGUGUUGGGUUACAUUGGACUUCUUGCUCUCUUGUGUUUUAUACUUGCUUUUCUUGCAAGAAAGCUACCAGACAGCUUUAAUGAAGCAAAACUCAUCACAUUCAGCAUGCUGAUAUUCUGUGCAGUCUGGAUCACAUUUAUCCCUGCAUAUGUCAGCUCUCCUGGGAAGUUUACUGUAGCUGUGGAAAUAUUUGCCAUUCUAGCCUCAAGUUUUGGUUUGCUAAUAUGCAUUUUUUUCCCAAAAUGUUAUAUUAUUAUAUUUCGGCCAGAACAAAACUCAAAAAAACAUGUAUUGGGCAAAAUACCACCCAGAACUCUUUAA